AAACACUAAACAAAUCGGCAAUAUGAAUUUUAUUUGUGUGAACGGAAAAGGCCAACUCGAACGCAUUGUUUAGUCAGAAUUCAGCUGGACAACGACGAGCAAGCUUAGGAGAGCGACACAUUACACAAUCACAUAGUUCAUUCAACUGUUUAUUUAACUUACUAAAAUAAACGUUUUUUUUUUCUUUUUAAAAAUUUGAUAUCCCAUUAAAAGUCAAACACCAAAAUUUAAAACACAUUUAAACUGUUUAAAGUUCAAUAAGAUACAUUGAAAAUGACACAGCUUGACGAACUGUUUGAACAAAUUGGUAAAUUUGUGCUGAAACAAGCAGAUUUCACGUUUAUGCGUGCACAAACCAUCGUGAAACAGCACACUGAAAAAUUGUCACAGAUUGGUGAUAUUGCAUUUCCAAUCACUGUGCAACCAUGGUUAAAUGCCAUCGAAACCAAUUCGGCUGAAUCCAGAAAUGAUUUGAAGCAAAUUAUCAACGAAAGUGAAACCGAAUUUGCACGAAAAUUGUGCGAAGCCAGUACAGAAUGGAUGUUCCACAUCGAAAUGGUGAAAUUUUCCGAAUUUCGAUGUUUGUUGUUCCUCAAUCGGCCAAAAUGUUACAGCGACUUUUUAAAAACGGUACUUUAUGACGACGCAUCAUAUGGUCAAUGGCAUCAUCAUAACACAAACGAUGAUAAUACAAACUACGCAGUUGAAGUGGUCAAACAAUCGAACGACAAUAGUCUGGUUGCGCACAGAUUACAGCUCAUCACAAAGGUGCUGAUCAAUUUAUUGCGGAGUUCGGGCUUUGAAGCGAACGCAGCAAAAUUCGAUGUGAAUUCACUCGAAAACAACAAUUUGACCGAAGUUCUGGUAAAAUCAGCAAGGAGAGAUGGUGGCAAAAGAGCAAACAGGCAAAGUGAAUUGGAGCUCAAUAACAACGCCAACCGAAAAUCCAUCACGAUUAUUUGCGGAAAUGUAACAAUUUGCAGACCAGGACUCACCGCUGACGAUUUCAUUCGACUUCGUUCAUUGGAAAUGGAAAAAACGGCUGAAUUGAAACAUGGCCACAACAAAGAGAACGUUAUCAUCGACAAGUGUCAGAAAUUGGGUGCGGCUACUGUUACAUUUGAUUUUUUGAAAAUCAAACAUUUCAAUACCAUCAAUUUUGAGAAAUCGAUGACAACACCAUCGACAAUCAAAGGGGCUGCAUUCAUUUUGUAUAACGUUGCACGGCUACAAACACUCUUGGCAUCGUUUGAUCAUCAGGUUGCGAGAGGAUUCUAUGAUCCGUUACCAAAGUUCGACCAAAUUGAUUUUGGAUUGUUGAAAGAAGAGGAGGAAUGGCAGAUGUUUUUCGUGUACAUUGUCGGAUAUCCCAAUCUGUUGGAACGCUGCAUCAGCGGAAUUGGAACCGGCAACAUUGCCAUUCAUUUGCUGUGCACAUUUUUGAGUAACUUAUCUGCCUUGUUCAGCGUUUAUUAUCAUCGUGUCAAGAUUUUGACGGACAAUUUGCCGCAACUGGUACCGGUAUUGUAUGCACGGAUCUAUUUGUUGAAGGCGCUACGCAGCAUUUUCCUCAAAGCGUUGGCAAUUCUGGAAAUCGAAUCACUCGAUCAAAUGUAACGUGGUGCUGCCACUACCGACCCACCCACCAAACGACCAAAUACGACUAAAAUAUCGUCAUAAUGUAAGAACAAUCAUCUGUUGAAAAUGUGCCUUAUAAAGUUUAAGUGUUAAAACACAAAUUAAGUCAUAUCCGAUUAAUUCAACUAAUUUAAUUGAUAAAUUAAAUUCAAACAUGGAGAAAGUAGGUUUAUCUUCAAUCUGUGAUUAAGAUAUUAGAAAAUACAAAAAAGCGAAAAGCUAUUGAAAUAAGGUUAAUUCAAAACCUGAUCGCAAAAGAUCAAAAAAGUCUGAAAUGAAUCUCUAACAAAGCUAUAUGCCAGAGCAUUUAUAAUAAUCAAAGUUAAUUUUUAUUGUUUACCUUUUAUUAUCAUUAUUUUUUUAAAUGUUAUAUCGCACAUUGAAAUCAAAAAAACAGAUCAUCAUGUGUAAUGAGAUACUACUCAGAGAUUCGUGCGCAUGAGUUUAGAGAACAAAAAUCCGAAAGAGAAGAGAUAGAGUUAAAAAGUCCUUAUAUGAUGAUGAAAUUCACGAAUUUCAGUAUUUAUUCAUACAAAUGUCAUUUUAUUCAAGCAUGAAAAAAGAACACAUUUAAGGAAGAAAAGUUUAUAAAUAACAAAUAAAGGCAGUUUCCAUAAAUAUUAUGAGAA